ACAGAUGGACCGGGAGAGUCCAUGUGCCUCACACAUUUCCAUUUUUGACCGUGUCUGCAGUUGUCCUCCUAAAAUAACCCCCAUUCCUCACGACCUUAUAUGUGCAAGGCCUGUUCGAGACCACAGUCUGGAGGAGAAUCGCAUACAGUAUCUAGGCCACAACUGGAUCAGGAGUGUUUGCUGCACAUUUUCUCAUACCUUGAUAAGGAUAGUCGACGAAAGCUGUCUUUGACCUGUUCACGGUUACGACAAGUCUUCCUGGACCCUCAGCUGUGGAUGCUGCUCCACUUUGGAUCUCCGUGCGAGCUGAGGAGGGAUAACUUUAUUCUGGGCGCUUCGCUAAGGUACCUGGCUAUAUGCUGGCACUCAAGUAGGGUGAAAGUGUGUAACAUCGAGGACUGGAUGAAGACAACAUUCCAGAAGGACCUGUGCAGCAAGCAUGAAAAUCUUGUCAGUGACUUCCUGGAGCGUGUUUGCCACAUGUGCCCAAAUUUACUCACACUGACUCUUUCUGGAUGCGGCCACAUUACAGAUCACAAUGUCAUCGACGUGCUACGGUGCUGCAGACGGCUGCGCAGCCUGAGUCUAGAGAACUGCUCUCGGGUGACGGACUCUGUCCUGAAGGCUGUGGUGGACCACGGCCACAAUCUCACAGACGUAAGGGUUGACUUCUGCCGCAAUGUGACUCAAGCAGGCCUGCGGGAAGUCAGGGAGAAGAGACCACAAGUGCACUUGAGCGCACUACACAGUGCAGAUAUGAUUCCAGACAACAAGCCCGAGGAGAAGACACAGAUCAGGAGAGCUCUGCAGAAGUUCCUGAUCUUCUCCUGAGAGACUUUAUUUGAAGUUAAUGUUCAAGUUUCUUUUUUAAAACUUUUUAAUGAUGUCACACUUGUGGGGUUUCUUUUGUAAUUUUGUAUUUUGUUAUUUCAAAGCUUUCCAAGUUUAAAGAGUUAAGUGAGGCCACACCUCGUAAAGCCUUUAUCUAAUAAGUUUCUUUUCCAAUGUCACUGCAAUGUCUUCAAGCAUUUGAAAUGUUUCUGUUAUCACUAACUAUACAGUAUGCUGGUAAGGUUCAUAAAUGAGUCAACAGUACUGUUUGUACCUUCA